AAAAACCUAUCUUAUCUUAAAACGCGUGUGCAAAAGAGGUUGGGCUUAGAAUAUUCUUAAAAACAGAGGCAAUAAACAGAACUCUGCAUUGAUGGCUUCAGCAAACCCCCUGCCAUCAGAUCUUCUAAAAUCCUUGAAGGAGCAACGCAGCCAGCAGGAAAUCAUCAACAGAACUACAAUGAGUCAGGACAUUCGCAUAGUUUUGGUCGGCAAAACAGGAGUUGGCAAGAGUGCUACAGGAAAUACCAUUCUUGGUGAGAGGAUAUUUUUGUCAGAGCCAAGAGGUACAUCAAUCACUAAAGAGUGUGCAUUUGAAUCUCGGAUGAUAAACAGAAAGCAGAUCUGUGUCGUGGACACUCCUGGUCUACAUGACACAAAUCUGUCCAAUGAAGAAGUCUUAGAUGAGAUUGUGAAUUGCAUCAGACUUGCAGCUCCAGGUCCUCAUGUCUUUCUUCUUGUAAUUGCCAUUGGGCGCUUCACUAAAGAAGAGAGAAACACUGUUGGAUUGAUUCACACAGCCUUUGGCCAAGAAGUGCUCAGACACAUGAUGGUCUUGUUCACCAGGGCAGAUGAUCUUGAAGACAGGACAAUUGAAGAUUACAUAGCGGAGGCACCAGAACUAAAAAAAGUGAUAGAUUCAUGCAAAGGGAAAUACCAUAUAUUCAACAAUAGAGAGAAGUCUAACCGUACCCAAGUUGAUGAGCUCAUUAGGAAGAUUGUAGUCAUGAUAAAACAGAAUCAUAACAGCUACUACAGCCACCACAUGUUUAAAAUGGCAAAUGAACUCAAUAAUGCUAGGAGAACCAUGAAGGAAAAGGACCAAAUUAUUGCUGACCUUAAAAAGGAAAUAAUGGCUUUACAAAAAGAAACAGAUAAGUCAUCUUGCAGCAUACUAUAGCAUGCUUGAGUAUUUGAUGCCAGCAUUUCAUACAAAUUUAUAAACGGGGCAUUACAAAAUUCACAAGAAGAUAAACAUUAAAAUAAUGGUAAAUUCUAACAAUUGUUUAAAUGUUUUUAUUAAUCUUUUUGUUUUUCUUUUUGAUUUUUUAAAAGCAUAUAUGUAUCCUUUAUGUACUAUUUUAUUUGCCUGACUAAAAAUGUACAUAUAAUUUGCUUAAUCCCUGUAGGAAUUAGGUUGGGCAUAGAAGUUUACAGACUAAAUUUUUGCCUUUUUUUUAGUUUUUAACACAGUAACCAUUAUCCUUUUAUGUAAGUUUCUAGAAUUAUUAUUAUUAGCCUACUACCGCCACCACAACAUUCAUGUGUUUUAUUAGAGUGGCUAGAAAAAAAUAAAAAUAAAGUCAAUGUGUUUUAGUUGACUCUUUUGUGAGUCUUUUUACAGCUUUUCAUUACACUCCACCCUUACCGUUUUCCUUUAACUGCACCUGCACAUACAGUACAUGCAUAUGCACAUAUACACUGUAUACAGAAUGCAUGUAUGUACAACUGAUUAAUUUUGCACAAUCAAUACUGAACUUGAACUUGACUUGAGCUGUAUAAUGAUAUUAUUAACUUGUAAGAGCUGCUUUACAGCAGAAUUUGAAUUUGUUACUAUUGUAAAGCUGCUGUGAAACAAUCUAUAUUGUACAGUAUGAAGUGUU